GCUUUCGUAAAUGAGUAAAAGCUGUCACAGUGGUGGUUUGUGAUUGUGGAGUUUGAUUAUCGCAGGUUCACAUAAUUUAUAUUACCCGAAAAUGUCAGACGAUAAAAAGGACGUCAAACCAGAUAACGAACAAAUUAACUUGAAAGUCGUAGGUCAAGACGGAAGCGUUGUCCACUUCAAGAUCAAGAAGCAUACCCCUCUACGGAAACUUAUGACAACGUACUGCGACAGAGCUGGCCUGAGCGUGCAGAACGUGAGGUUUCGCUUCGAUGGUCAACCUAUCAAUGAAACUGACACACCGGCCGGCUUAGAAAUGGAAGACGACGACACAAUUGACGUCUUCCAACAACAGACAGGUGGGACACAGCGACCAAACCGUACAAUGUGACUGUCGCGCAGCACUUCUCCUCUCAAGGUGUACCAUGGGAGAGAACAAUUGUAAAUAUAGGAACACCAAAAGUCUACUGCUUGUUCUGCCUUUCUUUUAUACUUCCCACUUGCGAGGGUCGGCAUACCUGCCCGAAGGCGGAGUAUUCCGACCCGUGUACAGCUUUACCUUGAAAGACAUGUCACUGGUGUUAAAGUUGCAGAAAGCCAGGAGCAGUGUGUUGCGUUUUAAAAGUUUUUCGAUGUGAUGUCGGCCGAAACUGAAAAUAAAUGUGUCCUGUUGUGUCAA